AUGAUUACGACGGAGCAUGACUUGCUGCAUGAACCUCUGAACCGGGAGGCACGAUGCAAGCAGGCGCCUGGGACCAAGGGAGAAACGACCAAUGCCGCAGAUUCCUUGUUGCGGGUGUUUUUCGCGACGCCUAGCACCCUUGAGGAAGACAGAGAAAUGGAUGCUGCGGAGGUGAUUGGUCUUCUGGGUCAGCAGUUGGCUGCAGCCAAGUGCUGUGGCGCAGGUGCUGUUUGUGACCAACUGGCUGAUGAGGACGAGGAGAGCGAGUGGGGUGGACUGCCUCGGUCAGAGGUGGCGUCUCCUGUCGAUGUAGCCGAGGGUGGGAGAUCGAGGGCAUGGUCAAUGCUCGAAGCCAUGAUGAACGACUUGGGGCUGAAUCCGAGGACGACAAUGCAGCCACGCUUGGACCGCGAUGGGUUGGAGGAUCCGGACACAGAUGACGAGGUGGUGCAAGAGGCCCUGGAGGAGCAAGGACGUGCAGAGGAGGCAGCAGAGCAGGACAUCCAGCAGAUGCUGCACGAAGCUCCGAGCACCCUGUUGUCAACCCCGCUGCCUUCAGCACAGACAGCCACCCAGCAGAAAGCAUCCACCUCGAGGAAUAUGCUUUCACGGGAGCAAACUCCAUGUUCCGCGGGCAUGCGCACAGUCAGCGCCAAUGCCACCCGCGCUGCGAGCUCCUCGCCACUUGCUUCGCUGGAGGUGGGCCGGACAGGGCUGACCAUUUCGCAGGAGGCUUCCUCGAAUGAGACGCUGUUUUUGCAAUUGCUCGAGGAGGAGGUGACCGGCAGCCUGAAUUUGUGCUUGCCCGACUCUCCAGAGACUUCCCGUGCCACCUCUCCAGCCUCUUCCCAGUCAAGUCCGUGA